AUGGGUCUCUUUAAGCACAGCAAGAAGGAGACGUCGGGGGAGCUCACGGAUCAGAAGUGGGAGUACAUCAGUUUGAGCGACUUCAAAGCGCGAGGAUGCGGACCAGGCUUUGCCUACUUCUGGUUGUUGAUGAUGCUUGUCUCCUCCAUUGUCGUCUAUGGGCUUGACAGCUUCAUCGCCGUCAAUUUGCUCAUCUUUGACCAAUGGUCAGGGUCAAUCAAGCCGGGUAUCGACCUUUCUAUCUCGAAAUGGAUCUUUACGGCUUGUAUCCUCCUCUCAUUCGUCAACCUAGGCUAUGAGGCAUGGCGCGCGAUGCGCGUCAUGAAGCGUGGCAAUGUGGCCGAAUGCUACCUCGACCCGUUGGCCGUGCGUUGGGAAUCGAUCCGCUUUGGCGAGGGCCAGGGCUUCAAACGGUUUCUGGUCUUUGCGGAGCUCACAAAAUCCAAGCAGGGUGCUGAGUACACGGCCUUGUUCACAUAUUUCAGUCUCAAAGCUUGGAUCCGCGUGCUGCUGCUCUCUGGUCCCCGCCAGGUUGUCAAUGCCUUCACCUUCAAAGCUGUCUACGAGAGUAAAUUGGCUGUCAGUCCGGGCAAUGCCGGCGAAUCCUUCAUCGGUUUCUUCGAGAAGAUCGGCGCCCUGUACAAAGAGGACUACCAGCAGGCCCUCGUAUUGACGGCCAUGGGCUGGACAUUCAUUCUUUGGGCCAUCUCGGUCAUCUUCUUCAUUGCGGCUGUGCUGUGCUAUGUCUUCUUCCUGUGGCACUGGAUUCCCCGCUCAGAUGGUGGUCUCUCUGGCUACUGUGCGCGCAAGGUCAACAAGAAGCUCAAGCAGAUUGUGACCAAGAAGGUCAACAAGGCGCUGGCAAAGGGACAGCACCGACAGAUACAGGCUGAGCUCAAGGCCGCUAAGGACGGCGGACAGGUGGCGCCUCUCGAACGCAUGGGCACGCUCCCGACGCUGCCCAACAUCGUUGCAGCUGGACCCUUGCCGUCCAAGGAGGACUCGCUGCCACAGAUGCCCAUGCUCAACCGCAACGAGACGAUGACGACUUUGCCAGCGUACUCUUCACGGCCCGCCAGUCCAGGAGGCAUCGAGCUGAACAGCAUGGCCCAGCAACGAAGACUCAUGCCAUCGCGCUCAGCAACAAUGGCUUCCACAGCCACUGAUCACAGCUACACAUCUAAAGCGUCUCUGCUUGGUUCCGCUGCCGACAUGGGACAAGGGCGACCGCCGUCUCCCACGCCAACCGUACCUUCGCUGCCUGCGGUCACUCCUCCGGGCAACAUCUUUCCCCCUUCCCACCCGGGCACCCCGGCGUCGGCGAGGACGUUUGGCGCGUAUGCUGGCAUGGGCCAUGCUGCCUCCAACUCGACCUCGUCAGCGCGUACACCAAUGGCUGAAAGCCCUGCACCCACGUACGGCCGCGAUGAGCAUGUGCGGGCCAGCCCGGGGCCAAACCUGUACAACGCAUACAACCCGAACCGAGGUGGUCCAGCGCCACCCCAAGCACAGCAGAGGCCUGGUCCAGGCCCAAGGUUCGAUGCGUACGGCGCAGAUGGUCGUGCGAGUCCCGCGCCCUCCGUCAGCACAUACCAUGGAGGCCCGCCUGCUGCGCAACGACAACAGCCCAUGCCCAUGAGGAGCGCCACGGGACCGGUGCCCCCACGAGGGCCCUUCCAGCCUCCGCAGAGAAACAUGACCGCUCCAAUGGACACGUCAGCAGACUACUUCAACCGACCGGGACCACAGCAGGCCAUGAGGCCCAUGACUCCUCAGGGUUAUGGUCGCUCUGCCACGCCGCAAAGCCAACGCGGCCCGUCGAAUGGAUACGAUGUAGAGUCCCAGCAGAAUCGCGGGUAUGGAUACUAA